CCGCGCCGCCAUCUCCAACGGCCCCGCCGCCCUCACGCAGGACCAAUUGUUGGAAUCCUGGGGCUACAUAAACACCAAAUAUUAUUGAAAAAUACAUAAGAAGCUGUCAUAGAACGGAGAUAUUUCUGCGGAGUCCUAAGUGGCUUGUGUGAAUGGAAAGAAUAAGGGGCACUUUGGACACUGCUACUUUAUUAUCAAUUAUAAGAAACAUGGUGAAACUAAUGAUCAAAGUCACUGCACAAACCAAGGCAUCACAAGCAUAGCUUGCAAGUGUCUUUACUAUAUGAGAAGCUAAAAUUAUUUUCUGCUUAUGAAAGCUGGAAAAAUGUUCAAAAACCACUAUCAGGGUGGCCGGUUUGUUGAAGUAUUCAGUGCUCAAGGCAAGAACCCAGGAGCAAAAUGGAAGAUAUUUGGCAACCCAUCAGCUAUAUCAAAAGAAUAUGACAAAGAACUUAAAGGCUUUGUUUUUGUACUUGAAGGAAACAGUCUAAUCAACAAAAUGAAGCUACCAAAGGAAACUAGACAAACCUUGGGACUGAUGCAGCAAUUUCUGACACUUCAGAUUUUUGUGCCAUUGGGAAAAGACUUCUCCACUGAGUUACUGAUAACUGAUUUUGGCAAUAUUAAAAGAAGAUUGUAUUUGUCAACGGUCCACAAGGAGUUGUCUGUAAGCCCUCUGCAUGCAAAAAUUCCUCUGUUUAUGAUCAAGCGCAAAAUAUGGUGCAAUAUGUGUAUUGACUUGGUAGCGUUUACCAGGGAAAUAUUCAGAGGAGCUGUCUUCCGGUCUUUGGAUGGAAUUAUUAUUUCAGCUAACUGUAAGCUAAGAAAGAUCUUCACUUUAAAAUCCAAGCCUCAAGAUACAGCUGAGGGAGAUGGUACGGGAGGUUUUCCAUCUACGCCGUGUGAGUGCUUAGAUGUUAUUCCUCAAACCUGCCAGCUCAAUUCUGAUGUGCCACAAGUUACACAAUUGCUGAAUCCAACUAAAAUUCACAAGCCAGAAAUAAAAUGUAGGGAAAAUACAGUGCGGGAAACAGGUAACUUGGUUAGUAGAGUCCAAGGCAACAUAUUCAGCAGUAAAACUCAAGAUGUAUCACAUAUUGCAUUUGGGUCAAAGAUCCUUGGACCACCUCCAUCUUCAAACAGAAGACCCAAUACAAAGGUAUCUGGAAAGGUAAAAAAGACCUUUGGUAACAAAACUUCAUGCCAACUUCAAAAUUCAGGAAUGCCAGCUGAAUCCAUACUAGAUACUGGGAGAUUGGAGCUAUCAUUCAGGCCAUCCAAUGAUACUUUAGAUCAAGGAGACAAAAGAAAUACUCUCCGAACAACUGCAAAUGUAUAUCAAAAUGACCCUGAAAUUCAGACUCAGAAAACAUCUGUGAGUGGAGAAGCAGAUUUUCAGCUCACCUCACCACAAGUACCAUCACCAGACAAGAGCAGUGAUAGAAGAUUAUCUCUAAAAAAUGCAGCCAAACCCGCAUGGGAGAUAACCAGUGAUAAAUGGGUGUUUCCAGAGAGCUUCACUGAGAGUAUUCAGUUGGAUGGGAAGGAGCACUUCGGAGCUACUGGAAGUUCAGCUUGCUGUAAUUUACCCUCAGCCCAGAAUGCCUCUGUUGAACAUCACAACAGGGAAACAGCUGAUCAUCACAGGAAUAAUAAAGAGGUUUUCACAUUUUCAUCAAAACCUCGAUCACCUCCUCACGGAAAGUCUCCAAAUAUGUCACCAGAAAGUUGUGUUUUCCCUUUGGAUUUGGAGCCAGACAGUAACGGAGAAGAUGAGAAAAGCGAAACUGAAGAUAGCUUUGAAGGAACUGACAGCAGUGAGGAGGAUGACAACAGUGAACUCAUCCAGGGUACUGAGGACAUUGAGGACAGCCACAGUAGAAAAGGAACAUCUGAUUCAGCAAUUUUUAAACAGAUCCCAUUAAAUAAGAUGUCACAGAGAAAUGAAUACUCGAAGAAUAAGGAACACAGCAAAUAUAACUUCGAAGAGACCAUCUUAUCAAAACCACAGAGUUCCACCGUGAGAAAAACAGAAUCUAUUAGCUUUCAGAGAAGUUUAAAGCCUAUCCUCUCUCUUUCUCCAAUUCAAAGUAAAUCUAAAUCCUUUAGAGUAAUUAGAAAUGUAUCUGAAGAAACUGAAAGAUAUGAAGGAGUUUCAGAUCAAUUAGAAAGAUCUGUCAGUAAAACAUCUCUCAAGAAAGUCUCAAAAGAAAAUUCAUGUCUGACAGGGCAGACUUGUGAGUAUGACAGGGAAAAGUACCAGUCAAAUAGACUAAGUUCAUCUGAACUACAGAUGCUGGCCAGCAUGAAGGGACAACAAAAUGAAGAAUUAUGGGAUGCUGGGAUCUCCCAUGAGCUGAGCGUGUCACAGAUCAAUAUCUGCAAUGUCACCCCCGUCAGUCAGGAGCAUCACUAUCAGAAAGAAAUGAGCCCACUUUCUCAUUCCAGCCCACGGAACUGGUUAAAUGUGUUCAGUCCCCUCAUCAUUCCUGGAAGCCAACAACUAGAAGAGCACACUAAAUCUUCAACAAAACAGAAUACUCAAGAUACACAAAAAAACGUGCUGUAUUGAAGUGAUCAUUUCUCCAAGAGAGAACGACAAAACCAGUCCAUGACCUUCCCUCCCCAAACAGGACAGUUUGGAUUUUUUCUGAACUACUGGACACUCUUCUCUAUGAAAGUAGCAGAGAAGCUGCAGUGCUGUGUGAUAAAGGCCUGCCAGAUUAGAUCAUCCCCAUCAAACAUUAGAAUCUGGGUAUUUUCCUUGGUUUAAAAGAAAUCCUGAUGGAUGAUAACUAGAUGGUUUGGAGUAUCAUUUUUGAAAGAGGUGCUAAAUAAAUUGUGUCCUGUGAUAUA